CAGCUGUUGGCCGAUAUGUUUUUCCACGGCCGCAAAACAUUUACCACAGAGAAAACAUUUUGUCCCGCAGCUUCUUGGUUUUCUUUUCGUUACCGUCUACUCCGCCCGCCCCGCCAUAUUUUUUUAACCGGACAGUAUUAAUCAUAAUGACUGGAAAUCAUUGGUACGAUAUACUAAAGAAAAUAGCCUGUGAAGGCUCUUCGGACAUUGACGAGCUGAAGGGGAUCUUUGAAACGGAACUUUCAAAGAGAAAAUUCGACUCGAUUCGGAAUAUUGAAGAUCUAAUUGAUGUUCUGGAACGUGCGGAUAAGUUGAGCCUGGAUAAUGUCGAGCCCCUCCGCAAGAUGUCCUCCCAUGAACCGAAACUGAUUGAAGCCCUGGACAGGUACGGGACCCUCGUGUCGGCUCCUCGGGAACCCAUCAAUAUCUAUCAAGAAGAACGACUGGCUGAGGAGCUGCGGCAACACCUACGCAUUAGCCAGGUUUUCCAAAUAGGGUCGGCUCCAGGGGUAGCACCUCCAGCAUUCACCCCUGCUGCUGCACCUACGCCGCCACCGCCACAGCAGAACUACGUGACACCAGCUGCAUUUACGGAUCGCAAACGCACGGCUGUUUUUAAUAAGAUAUCUGAGGAACUGGGACGAUUCUGGCGAACAUUUGGACGGAAGGCGGGCAUUGGUGAGGGCACCAUGGACGACAUCGAAGAACGAUAUCCCCGUGAUCUCAAAUCUAGAAUUUUACAUCUGCUGAAGUUGAUUGAGGAGGACGACUGCCAUGACCCAAGACAAUUCCUGAUGCGUCUCUGCCGAGCCCUGACGGAAUGUGGUCGGAACGACAUAAAAAGGAAGGUGGAGCAAAUAAUGUCCCACUAAUAGCGCUAGAUUGCAUGGUGAACUAACUUGAUCGUGCUGCACUACACUUCAAAUGAGUUUCAGUAAACGGGAAAAGCAUGCAGUGUGAGCGGAUACUUCGGAAUUUUAGUCGAUUUGGUGGUGGACUUUUGAAUGUAGUUUAAAAAAGACGAUCAAAUAUUUAUUAAAUUGGCAUUGUCACUUGUCACUUGUCACUCA